AAUGAUAUAUAUACGGACGGUGUCUUCUUCUUCCAUGGAUCUUUUGUAGCACUGCCUGCUGAGCUGAGCUGAUCAGCUGCUGCUGCGUGCACACACUGUGCAGUCGGUAGCGAGUGCAAGGUCGUAGCUGCCGGAAUCGAAGCUUAAGAUGGAGGAGGGGCUUCCACCGGGGUUCCGUUUCCACCCGACCGACGAGGAGCUCAUCACCUAUUACCUCAGCCGCAAGGUCUCCGACUUCGCCUUCUCGACCCGCGCCAUUGCCGACGUCGACCUCAACAAGUGCGAGCCAUGGGACCUUCCAAGCAAAGCUAGCAUGGGCGAGAAAGAAUGGUACUUCUUCAGCAUGCGCGACCGGAAAUAUCCUACCGGGAUCCGCACGAACCGUGCCACGGAAUCCGGCUACUGGAAGACCACCGGCAAGGACAAGGAGAUCUUCCACUGCGGCAGGCUGGCCGGGAUGAAGAAAACACUGGUCUUCUAUGGGGGGAGAGCUCCCAAGGGCGAGAAGACCAGCUGGGUCAUGCACGAGUACAGGAUCCAGAAUAAGUUCCCGUACAAACCCAACAAGGAGGAAUGGGUGGUGUGCAGGGUGUUCAAGAAGAGCCAGAUAGUGAAGAUGAGGCACCCACAGGACAGCCCGGAGAUGGACUCCCCGUGCCACGACACCAACGUCUCCCUCGGCGAGCUUGGGGAGCUGGACGUCUCCUCCAUGCUCGGCAGCUUUGCCCCUGGCGCAGCGGCAGCGCACGCUUCCGGCGCCGAUAACUUCGGCCACAGGGUCGACAUGGGCGCGUACAUGAGCUGGCUGGCGGCAGCCGCCGCGAACCAGGGCGCCGCCGCCAUGCUCCCCUGGGCGCCGGGGCUGCUCGGCACCGUCUUCGCGGCAAACCCCGCGAUGCAGAAGGCGCUGCCGUUCGCCGGGUGCAGCCAGCCGCGAGACGUCGUCGGUGCCGGUGACGCCUUGUUCGGCACCGUGAUGCCGAAGGUGGACAUGGAAUGCGAGCAACACCACCAUUCGCAGCUGGAAAUAAACGAGUCGACAUGGAGAACCUUCUGAUCAACUCGUCCAUCGCCUAUAAUAACAAGGAAAAGUACUACGUAACGCAACUGUCAUAUAACAGGUAGUACAAAAUUGUGGUCAUCUAUGAUACAUUUUCUAGGCAAGUUAUUUCUAGGUUAAUUAAAAUGGGACAAUCCCAAGGACCGAAAGUCAAUUAUACAUAUUAAAUACACAGAAGUAUAUAUAUGUUCGUGGGUCUGUUGAUCUGUGUCUCUGUUUUCAAUAUAAGCUGUACCAAACCUUGUAUGCUCUGUGCUCUUUUUAUGAAAGGGGAGAAGGCAGUACCGUUUUCACAGA